CAAGAACGUGCAGAAGGUUGGCGUGACUUGACGCAAACGAAGAGCCCUGGGAAUAGCACACGGCCGGUAGCAUCCAACCAUGCGUCCCAGCGUCCUGAUCGUGUCGGUGCUGUUGGUGCUACUCCAGUACCUCGGUAAAGGUUCCUGUUCCGAAGAUGAGGAACGUCUGGUGCGGGAUCUGUUCCGUGGCUACAAUAAGCUCAUCCGACCCGUACAAAACAUGACACAGAAGGUGGAUGUGCGGUUCGGGUUGGCUUUCGUCCAGCUGAUCAACGUGAAUGAGAAAAAUCAGAUCAUGAAAUCGAACGUAUGGCUGCGGUUGGUGUGGAGCGACUACCAGCUACAGUGGGACGAAGCCGACUAUGGUGGCAUAGGCGUGCUUCGUCUACCACCCGAUAAGGUUUGGAAGCCGGACAUCGUACUGUUCAAUAACGCCGACGGUAACUACGAGGUGCGCUACAAAUCGAACGUGCUGAUCUAUCCGAACGGUGAAGUACUCUGGGUUCCGCCAGCCAUCUAUCAAAGCUCGUGCACGAUCGACGUCACCUACUUCCCGUUCGACCAGCAGACCUGCAUCAUGAAGUUUGGGUCGUGGACGUUCAACGGUGACCAGGUGUCGCUUGCGCUAUACAACAACAAAAACUUCGUUGAUCUGUCCGACUAUUGGAAAUCGGGUACGUGGGACAUCAUCGAGGUGCCCGCCUACCUGAACGUGUACGAAGGCAACCCGACCGAAACGGACAUCACCUUCUACAUCAUCAUCCGCCGGAAGACGCUGUUCUACACGGUCAACUUGAUUCUGCCAACGGUGCUGAUUUCGUUUCUGUGCGUACUUGUCUUCUACCUGCCAGCCGAAGCUGGCGAGAAAGUGACGCUUGGCAUCAGUAUUCUGCUGUCACUGGUUGUGUUUCUGCUGCUCGUGUCGAAGAUUCUACCGCCAACCUCGCUGGUGCUGCCACUGAUCGCCAAGUACCUGCUGUUCACCUUCAUCAUGAACACGGUCUCAAUCCUGGUGACGGUGAUCAUCAUCAACUGGAACUUCCGGGGACCGCGCACACAUCGGAUGCCCAUGUGGAUCCGAUCGGUCUUCCUGCACUAUCUGCCGGCGAUGCUGCUGAUGAAGCGUCCGCGCAAAACGCGUCUCCGCUGGAUGAUGGAGAUGCCGGGCAUGAGCGUUCCACCGCAACCGCACACUCACCCGUCGUAUGGUUCGCCAGCCGAGAUACCGAAGCACAUCAGCGCGCUCGGCGCAAAGCAGUCCAAGAUGGAGGUGAUGGAGCUGUCCGACCUACACCAUCCGAACUGUAAGAUGAACCGCAAGCUGAACAGCGGUGAUCUCGGCAUCGGCGCCGACAGCUGCCGUCGGGAGAGCGAGAGCUCCGACUCAAUUCUGCUGUCGCCGGAGGCGAGCAAGGCCACCGAGGCGGUCGAGUUCAUCGCCGAGCAUCUGCGCAACGAGGAUCUGUACAUCCAGACUCGCGAGGACUGGAAGUAUGUGGCGAUGGUUAUCGAUCGGCUACAGCUGUACAUCUUCUUCAUAGUAACAACGGCGGGAACGGUCGGCAUCCUGAUGGACGCACCGCACAUCUUCGAGUACGUCGAUCAGGAUCGUAUCAUCGAAAUCUACCGCGGAAAAUAA